AAUAGUAACAGCAUUCAUAAUAUUAUGGAAAUGGGUUGAAUGAGAUUUAUUAAUUUUUUUGCAGAAAAUUAAAGGGCAGUCAUUCAAAAUCUCAUAUUUCCUUUCAAGCAAUUCAUUAAACUCAUUUUGACAAUCAAAAUUUAAAGGUUUUAAUGAAUGCAGAAGAACUGAUAGGUCUAUUUAUGAUUAAAAGUAAAUAUAAUUGUAUAAGUUUAUUAUAUUUCUCUUGUUUAUUCUUAAAUAAAUAAUUUAUAUUUUCAAAACAAGAUAAAAAAUAAACAUUUUUAAGUAUUUAUAAAUACAACAUGGGUCUGUUUGGCUGAAAAACAAUCCCUAGGUUAAAUGAAUCUUCUCUUCUUGCCCACUAAAUCCCAUGAUCUAAAUGUUUCUACCCCCUCGGGAGGGUGUUGAGAACCAGAUGGGACACACGCUCCUCCCGCUUCAACACGUGGCUCCAGCCAAGGAGUUUUAUUUUGAAAGGGUCGCGCGGAAGUGCGCCUGUCCCUCAGCCAGAUUGACGUGUGGCGGCGGGGUGAUGAUUUGCUUACUUGGAGCAGCACCGACUUUGGAGCGGGUACUGCGAAACGUGUCAGCAUGAUGUUGCCUGGAUGAUCGGCGGAGGACGUUAGGAGAGGACGCGCUGCAACCAGCUGAAGGCAAGCAAAGCCUCAUGCUCGGGCUGAGCGAAGGUCCGAGGGGUUAGUGCUCUAGAAAAGAGAAGAAAGAUGGGUGUUCUCCAACUCAACAACCCGACUCACUCCAGCACUCUUCUCCAGCGGGCCAAUCAAAUGCGCUUGACUGGCACCUUGUGUGAUGUGAUCAUCACGGUGGACGGCCAGGAGUUCCCGGCGCAUCGCACCGUUCUGGCCUGCACCAGCAAAAUGUUUGAGAUUCUGUUCCACCGCAGCAGCCUGCGCUACGCUCUGGACUUCCUGUCCCCUAAGACCUUCCAGCAGAUCCUGGAGUACGCCUACACGGCCUCGCUCCAGGCCACGGCCGAGGACCUGGACGACUUGCUGUACGCCGCCGAGAUCCUGGAGAUCGAGUACUUGGAGGAGCAGUGCCUGAAGGUUCUGGAGACCAUCCAGGCGGAGGAGAGCGAGGAGGUGUCGAUGAGGAACCACGGCUCCGGGGAGCACGGCGAUCACAGCCGAGCGCGGCACUGGAGGCACAUGCUCAUGUCUAAGAAGCAUUCCAUACAGGACGGAACCAACUGCACCACUCCCACGGCGCUGCACCACCUGGCACUGUACCACGUCACCGAGAGGAGCUCUCCUGGUCCAGAGCCGGAGGCCGCUCCGGACUCUGAGGUGAACACGGAGGGUUCCCAGCACUGUGAGGCGGCCUCCCAGGAUCCUGACCGAAAUAUUAAAUCCGAGAGCAUGCAGGUGGACGAUGUCAACGGCAGCGAGGGCCGGCUCUCCAGCGGCGGGGAGGUUAGCUGCGUGUCCGACCAACCCCGAGGCGAGGGCCCGGGGACGCCCCUGCGAGGCAGCGUGAUCACCAGCGCCCGAGAGCUGCACACGGGUCCUGAAGACGGAGGCCAAGUGGUGGGCGGCACCCUCGACUGUUUUCCAGGGAUCACCGACAAACACCUGGCCUCCAUCUACUCCGUGGCCUCCAACCACGUGGGGGAGAGCCUGCCGGUGUCGGUUUCCGUCACCUCCUCCCUAGCCGUGCCCCUGGACCCGAGGGCCUACAGCGGCCUGCUGCACCAGGGCUUGCUGCACCGGGAGCUCCUGAGCAGGCUGGGCCAGUUCGCAGCAGGGAUGAGGCAUGACGGCCAAAGCCAAGGCCAGCAGUGCUGUGCCGACUGCGGCCUGCAGCUGCACAGCCGGCAGGCUGCAGAGCAGCACAGGAGGCUGCAUAGCGAGGAGAAAGGCAGCGCCUGUGAGUUCUGUGGCAAACACUUCCAGGACAGCAUGCGGCUCAGGAUGCACAUGUUGUCUCACACAGCUCCUGCCGAGGCGCUGGUGUGUGACCAGUGUGGAGCGACCUUCUCCUCCGAGGAGGCCCUGGAAGCCCACAGGCUCACACACACAGGGACCGACAUGGCGGUGUUCUGUCUGCUGUGUGCGAAGCGCUUCCAGACCCAGAAGGCCCUGCAGCAGCACAUGGAGGUCCACGCCGGGAUGCACAGCUACAUCUGCAGCCACUGCGACCGCCCCUUCCCCAGCCACACCACCCUCAAAAGACACUUGCGCUCGCACACGGGCGAUCACCCGUUCGAGUGCGAGUUCUGCGGGAGCUGCUUCAGAGACGACGGCACGCUGAGGGGCCACAAGCGCAUCCACACAGGAGAAAAGCCUUACGAGUGCAACGGCUGCGGCAAAAGGUUCAGCCUCAAACACCAGCUGGAGACGCAUUACCGCGUGCACACAGGCGAGAAGCCAUUUGAGUGUAAGUUGUGCCACCAGCGGUCUAGAGACUACUCCGCUAUGAUCAAACACCUGCGCACGCACAACGGAGCCUCUCCAUACCAGUGCACCGUCUGCCAGGACUACUGCCCGAGCCUGGCCGCCAUGCAGAAGCACAUGAAGGGCCACAAACCGGAGGAGGUGCCAGCCGACUGGAGGAUAGAAAAGACUUACCUGUAUGUCUGUUACGUCUGAGCAGGACUUAGACCCAGGCACAGUCUCCUAGGGGGGGUGAGGUGGAAAGUCCUGUUUACUCCUCUGUUCCUGGUUUUAUUGCUGAAGGAUUACACUUCCUGCAAGGAUAUUGCUAUAUAUCCCUCAGAGAUACUUCGGUUUUUACAGUGACGGUGUGCAAAGUGUACACAUUCAGGCUACAACUAAUGAUCAAUAUCAGUUAGAUUGGUUUUACCAUGGAAAAAGUGGCCAAAAAUGGUUUAAAAAUCUAUAUUUUUUAAAUGAAAACAGAUGAAUCUGAUAAAAAUAGUCUAAUCCAUAGAUUUAACUUGCUGUUCUGUGAAGCUGGGAGGCAGGCAGCAACACACACACUCUGGAUGUAACACUUUCAAAGAUUAAUGAGCUGUGAAAGCUGACAGUUUCCGGAUAACUGUUGUCUCUCUCACUGAAGUCACUUUUUUCCACAUGGUUUUGACAGCUGCAUCAUUGAAGGAUCCACUGUGGUUUAAAUGGCCGUGACUGCAGACCUGCACGUGCAGCAGGAGCAUUCUGGAAGAAUCGUUAAACCAUCAAGAAAACGGCUUUUCUUUGGUUGUGCAGCACGUGUUCGAGAUAAAUAAAUAAAAAAAAAAACACAAUUGGAAUAACUUUGCACAACUUUUCAACCCCGUUUUGUCCUGCUGUUGAAUUUUGGUUAUUUUUAUUUGAAGUUGCAUGUUUUACUUGAAUGGUUGACCUCAUAAGCUUGAUAUCUUUAAUUGCCUCGUCUCUCUUGCAAGAGGUGUUUAUUGAUUUCGAUGUAGCUCGCUCACUCUUUGAGUUGCUCUCGUGAUAGCUUUUGCUAUUUAUACGUUGUUUAUUUGUUACCAAAAAUGUGCCGGUUGUCAUCACAGAGUCUGUGUCUCCUGGGAUGUUUUGCCGCCGAGCAAGCCCUACCUCUCUACUCUUUUGUUUUGAAGUCCACCUGCAAAUUACUCAUACACUGGUAGGUAUAAUUUAGCAAAAAACAUUACACGGUAAAAUGU